AUCCAUUCAAAUAAACUUUUAAAGUAUAACACAUGUAGUAAAUCGAUAAACUCAUUGAUAAAACGCGUCUUUAACCAGAACAAGACAGAUUAGUUUCGAGAUGGCAGCUCUUAACGGAAAAUGGAAACUUUCUUCUGGAGAAAAACUUCAGGAGUACUUAGAUGCAUUAGGACUUCAAGACGAAGUGAAGGCGAAAGCUUUAAAAGUUUUGACCCCAGAUAACGAUAUAACGCAAGAAAUCAAGGUGUCUGGAAAUGACGUCACAAUUAUCACAACAACGCCAAUGGGAACAACGGAAACGAAAGCUGCAGUUGGGGAAGAAUCAUCACAAUCUGCAAUUGAUGGUAGUCCAUUAAAGGUGAUAUACAAACUAGAUGGUGACAAACUAAUUGAAGAACAAAAAGGAUCAUUUGAAUCUGUCAAUGUGAGGGCUCUAGAAGGCGGCCAACUUAUCAUGAAAUUGGCAGCAGGAAAUGGAGUCACAUGUACAAGGAAGUAUGAUAAAAUUUAAAAGAGAGGGAAAUCACCCCAAGCAACGUUUUUUGUAUGCAGUGAAAACUAAAGUGUUCUUAAACCGACUUUGAAUUUGUGUUUUUUUGUGUAACAAACUAUUUGUUUUUAUUAACCAAGUGCUAUUAGAUUCGUUAUUAUCGUGAUAACUUAAAAUACAUAUAUGUGGAUAAGUCUUUAUGCAUUUUAAAUGCACUUUUUAAAAUGCUGUCAAACCACCCAGGAUAUGGAAUGUUUUUGACGUCAAAAUAUCACUACUUGUGUUUACAUUCAAAGACGAAUUCUGUCUUUAUAAAUGCAUAUAAGGUACUUCAAUUAAAGGAUGUAUCCAGUUG